GAAAGUGAAGAAAGAGAUGCUCGAGACAGAAGCUGAAGAAAAUAAGCAGACAAAAUUCUUACAGAAAUAAUGGGCAUAGUUAUUUACUAUAUACUUCAGAAAUCUGAAGUGUUGUCUGUGUAUCUGGAAAGAUUAGCCAAGUAAUGCAUUUUAUACAUUUUCACUCGUAUCUUAUUUUUAUUUACAUUUUACUAUGUCUCAUUUAUAAUUUCCAGAUUUGCGCACUGUACUAAUAUAAAUUUUUACCAAGAUGUAGUACCAAGAUGUAACUUGGAAUGAAAUUCUCAUUCACGCAGACGCGAAUGACAGCUUUUGUAAAAAGAAUAAAUACACUAGCAUUGCAAUCGCAGCAUAAUGCGACUUUAGGAACUGAUAUUAUUAAACAAGUGAUGCAACUUGGGAAAGCGGCUUAUGUUUUAUUAGAUACCGAUUGCGCCAAUGGAGGUCAUUACCAGAGCGAAAUUGAAGGACCAGAUUAUUGCAACACUCACUGCACCACAUUGUAUGAGCUUGUUGCUUUACAGCGUCACUAUCACAGUGUAGUAAGGCAAUUUGCUAAAAAUAUAGCGUAUACUACACCUAUGAGCGGCGAAGGUAGUUCGGCAACUGAAAUUGCAAAAUUAUCACCAGAAGAGCUCUAUACGGAAUAUGAUCCUGCGGGUGUAGCAUUUAAGCCUGUUGUACCUAUUCCAAAGAUGUUGCUCGUUAAAAAAGUACUAGUUAAUUAUAAUUUGAGCGAUGCUGACGAUAGGAAGAUGGGAACCUCACCGAAGAAAAAAGCAAUAUGUAAAAGACUGAAGCUGUGAUAUUAAAUUAAUGUAAGUUAGUUUAAUAAUGCUUUUUACUGAUUUCUUGGAUACUAUCGUGAGUAGGAAAUUUACAAGAAAAAUUUCAAAAUUUAACAUUCACUCUUUUUUAUACA